AUAAGCGUUUCCCCUUCCAUUCUUUCUAGUAUUGUUUGAUCAUUAAUUAAUUCAAUUGUGUGUGUGUGUGUGUGUAUAUAUGUAUGCAUGUAUAUAUGAUUUGUCUUCACCAAGCAAUCGACACAUUUACCGGAACAAUGGCGAGUAAUCUGGUCUCCUUGCUCCCAAUGUUGCUAGUGCUUUCGUGCGUCGUCGCCGAUCGCACAUCCACAGAGGCCUAUCUCAAACGUAUUUGCUCCAAGACGAUCGACCCUAGCUUCUGCACGCAAGCUUUGAAAUCCGAUCCCCGCAGCGCCACCGCAGAUCUCCGCGGCCUGGCCGAGAUCGCCGUCCGUUUGUCGGAAGCCAGCGCCGAGAAAACGUUGAAGCUGGCUCGAUCCCUGGCUAAAUCGGCGGCGAGUCCUGAGCUGAAGGAGAGAUAUGCUUCGUGCGCGAAGAUAUACGAUAGGAUCGUUGGAUACGUGGAAGGCGCGGGAGAAGCGUUGAGGUCGGAGGACUACCAGAGCAUGAGCAUUGAAACUUCGGAGGCCAUGUCUCUGGUUUUCAAUUGCGGAGAAGAAAUCGAAUCGUCCGACCGGUCUCCGCUGCCGCAGAUGAAUCAGGAAAUGAAUGAUCUUGCUAGUAUUGUUUACGAGGCAUCCAUGAUUCUCUGAUUAACUAAGCAAUAUAGCAUAUAAUAACAGACGCAGACUCUGUAUUCCAGGCUUUGGAUUAUAUUAUAGGCUGAAUAGAUUAAUAUAUUAUAAAUUAUAAAUUAAUUUUUAAUUUUAUUGAGUUUUGAUAUUUACUUUAAUUUAGUCUUCGAACUUUAAUUUUUAUUUCAAUUUUAUCCUCAAUCGACCAAACAUGUGUCUUAACUUACACGGUAACUGAUGUGU